UCGAACACGUGCGCGGUGGAAAGAGGUGCAUGUGGCAUCAGUGUUUAUCUGGUGUGUGAAGAUGUUAUUUUAAUCGUAAGUGUGCUGAAAGAAAAACAAGAAAUUAAUGUGUUGAAAACAUAUGUAAUCAACGUGAAUGAUAAUUGAACACAAAAUGAGUUGUCAGUGUAAUAUUUGCGGACAAGGGCUGUCGAAGUACAAGUGCCCGACGUGUUCUCUUCCUUAUUGUUCGUUGUCCUGUUGGAAAAAUCACAAAUCCAAAGAAUGUGUGCCUCCUGCUACAAAUGGAUAUAUUGAAGAAGAAGAAAUCUGUCCUAAAAAAUAUGAGUUCGAAACAGAAGAUACCGUACCUGUAGAGAAAUUGGCAUUAUUAGAAAAUGAUGAAGCUCUUCGGCAAAUUUUAGAAAAUCCACAUGUCAGAAACAUAUUGCUGAAUGUUGACAGUGCAAGAGAUCCUUCUAGAGCUAUUCAGGAAGCAAUGCUGGAGCCAAUAUUUGUUGAAUUUGCUGACUGUUGUUUGAAAGUAGUUGAACCCCCUACUGAAGGUGAUUGAAAUUUUUUCUUUAAUCCAGUUCAUUUCUGAUGAAAUUUCCUCCAUUUUACUGCUUCUUUAUUACACUACUUUCAUGAUUGUAUUACGGUCAAUUGAAUUUUUACAAGUGUAUGAACAAUAUUUUCAAUUUUUUAUUUGUUGUUUAUGUAAUAUCAUUUAGUAUGUCACAUGAUUAACAAGCCGGAGAUUGACUAUUGGGUUAGCAAAUCAUUGGAAAUGAAUCUGUUUUGAGAAAGAUUUUACAGUGGAUGAAUGGGCACUGCAAUUGUGCUUUUUGUUUUGAUUAAGACUUUAAUAUAGUGAAAUAUCUUUAAUAUGUUAGAUUGUGUUAAAUAUUGCAUUUUGAACCUUUUAGAUGAGUAACCUUUUGUUUUUGUAGAUGUAAAUAUUAAUUGCCAGUGAUUUCAUAAUAAACAUUGAAAAACCUGUCUUGUAGUUUUAUGUGUGAUUAAUUAUAAAUUUUUCAAAUUUUGUCCUCAUUACAGUUAUCAAUGCUGGGCUUAUUCAUGCCUUAUCUGUGAUGGUACAUAAGCACUCUGUCUUGUGUAUAAUUUUUAUGAUUUUCUGAAAAGAUUUCCCCCUUCUUUUUUUCCCCAUCAACUCAUUUGAAGUUUAAAUGAUGCAAAGGUUGUGUGAAAUACCUUCCACCAAACUUAUACUUUUAUUUUCCUGUGUCAGACAAGUCAUUUGCAAAAUACCACUCCUCCUCUAAUAUUAAUAUUAAUAAAUCUUGAUACUAUUUACAAACAAUGUUAUGGAUAUUAUGAAGGGA